AUGUUUCAAGCCGAUGGCAGUGCAUCACAACAUGAAGCUUCUGAAGAUGUCAGAAUAUUGGGUUAUGACCCAUUAGUCUCCCCAGCUUUACUGCAAGUUCAAAUACCAGCUACUGAAGCUUGUAUCGAGACUGCCAAGAAAGGUAGAAAAGAAUCUAUUGAAAUUAUCAGUGGGAGAGAUGAUAGAGUACUCGUAAUUGUUGGUCCUUGCUCUAUUCAUGACUUGGACGCUGCUCAAGAAUACGCUCUAAGGUUGAAGAAAUUGUCAGAUGAACUUCAAGGUGAUUUAUGUAUUAUUAUGAGAGCUUAUUUGGAAAAACCAAGGACUACUGUUGGUUGGAAAGGUUUGAUCAAUGAUCCAGACGUCAACAAUACCUUCAAUAUUAACAAAGGUUUACAAUCAGCAAGACAGUUAUUCGUCAAUCUAACUAACGUUGGUGUCCCUAUCGGUUCUGAAAUGUUAGACACUAUUUCCCCACAAUAUUUGGCCGAUCUUUUGUCUUUCGGUGCCAUUGGUGCAAGAACUACGGAAUCUCAAUUACAUAGAGAAUUGGCUUCCGGUUUGUCCUUCCCAAUUGGUUUCAAGAAUGGUACUGACGGUACUUUAGGUGUUGCCAUUGAUGCUUGUCAGGCCGCUUCUCACUCUCACCAUUUCAUGGGUGUCACUAAGCAUGGUGUCGCUGCCAUCACCACUACCAAGGGUAACGAACAUUGUUUCGUCAUUUUGAGAGGUGGUAAGAAGGGCACCAACUACGACGCUAAGUCAGUCGCAGAAGCCAAAGCUCAAUUACCAGAAGGUUCUAACGGUCUAAUGGUGGAUUACUCUCACGGUAACUCCAACAAGGACUUCAGGAACCAACCAAAGGUUAACGAUGCUCUUUGUGAACAGAUCGCCAACGGUGAAAAUGGUAUUAUUGGUGUCAUGAUCGAAUCCAAUAUCAAUGAAGGUAACCAACCAGUGCCAAAAGAGGGUGGUAAAGCAGCUUUGAAAUAUGGUGUUUCAAUCACUGAUGCUUGUAUAAGUUGGGAAACUACAGAGGUGGUUCUACGGAAAUUAGCUGGUGCCGUCAGACAAAGAAGAAAAGUCAACCAACAAAAAGCAUGA